AUGGCAACCACCUCUAUUAACGGCUCAGUCUCACACCAGCCCUCCGACAAGCAAGCUAGCCCUUUACGAUCAAGCGCAUUUCUCGCCGACCUAAUACCCAUUCUUAUAGUGCUGAUCUAUGCAUUUGCUAUUACCUGCUAUUUUCACGAUGGUAUAAUUUCCAGCUGUCGUGGAACUAUCCUCCGGCGAUGGAGAAGGAGAACCGGAACUGCGCGGAAAAGAGGCUAUGUGAGUGUUGCCAAUGACGAUGGCGAGGAAGAAGAGGAGGAGGAGGGGGGGGAAGAGGCGAACAGGUCGCAUAAUAGUCAGUUCGCACAACUACGACAUAAGCAUGCUGAUGAAGAGGCAACCAUCGAAUUACAAGACGCGAAACCGGCGAAGAAGGGAAAGAAGAAGAAAAAGAAUCGACCCAAAAGCUUGGUUCUACGUGGAUAUACUCCACUUCCAUCCUGUCCAGAGGACCUUGAUCAUGGCGAGGAGACGGAGAUGGAAACGAGGAUGCACAGGGUGCAUCAGGGCUUGGAACAGCGGUGGGAACGGGCUAGUGAUGUGCUACGGCUAUCAAGGUACUUUGAUGCGGCCUAUUCGAGCACAUUGGAGGCCUUGGUGACCACCUGA